AGGAAGUGCUUGUGUGUUUGGGGACGUCAACACUUUUCCUCAGCAGCUCUGAUCAUUUCCACCUCAUUCACCGCAUCUGUGAGCUGUUUCAUGGGGCAGAGGCGGGGAAGUUAUCAUUAAGCUCUGUAACCAUUACAGAUCGAGCGGAUCGUGUGAGUUUGUGGACAGAUUGGGGUGCAUGUUUGAGGAUGAUGAUGGCAGCAGCAGCAGUCAAUGAGAGUCCUAACAGAAGCACUGAAGAUAAAACAUCCACCCGAAGACAGAAUGAAGUCAAUAGGAAGUUGAAGUACAUCAGUUUGGCGAUUCUGGUGAUCCAGAAUGCGUCGCUCAUCCUCAGCAUCCGUUACGUGCGGACGUUGCCGGGAGAUCAUUUCUACACCACGUCAGCCGUGGUGAUGGCAGAAGUUCUUAAAGUCUCCACCUGUGUGGUCAUCAUCCUGAUACAGAAGAGAGGUAAUGUGAAGUCCUUUGUAUCGUUGUUGUAUGACUCUAUAGUUGUACAGUAUUUGGACACGCUGAAGUUAGCAGUUCCAUCACUCAUCUACACUUUACAGAACAACCUGCAGUAUGUGGCCAUUUCUAAUUUACCAGCAGCCACUUUCCAGGUCACGUAUCAGCUGAAGAUCUUGACCACAGCGUUGUUUUCAGUGCUCAUGCUGCGCAAGAGUCUGUCUAAAAUCCAGUGGAUCUCUCUAGUGCUGCUGUUCGCCGGUGUGGCGAUCGUCCAGGUGGAGCAGGAGGGCGGAAAACAGAAGGAGGCUCUGACCAGCACCAACCAGAACUACUUCAAGGGCCUGGUGUCCGUGAUAAUCUCUUGCCUAUCCUCCGGGUUUGCCGGCGUUUACUUCGAGAAGAUCUUGAAGGGCAGCUCGGCCUCGGUGUGGAUGAGAAACAUCCAGCUCGGGAUCUUCGGGACAGUUUUGGGUCUCCUCGGCAUGUGGUGGAACGACGGCGCCGCCAUCGCCGAGAAAGGCUUCCUGUUCGGCUACACACCCAUGGUGUGGGGCGUCAUCUUCAACCAGGCCUUCGGCGGCCUUCUGGUAGCUGUUGUCGUCAAAUACGCGGACAACAUUCUCAAAGGCUUCGCCACCUCUUUUUCUAUCAUUGUGUCCACGAUCACGUCCGUCUACCUCUUUGGCUUCCACGUGGACCUGAUCUUCACGCUGGGCGCAGGAUUGGUCAUAGGAGCCGUCUAUAUGUACAGUCUCCCCAAACCAAACGCCAGCACUUCCAGCACCAGCACAUCUUCAUCUAGUCACAGCGAAGGAGGAGACUCGGAGCUGGAAGCUUUCCUCCCAAAUCCCAAGGCUCCAGGAAAGAAGAAAGGAAACUGAAGAAACAUGAUAAAUGAGAAAAGAUGAUGAGAACACAUUGUGCCUAUACAGGUC